UACCAGAGAUGAGUAGGGUAUUACUCUUUCCUACAUUUAUCUAGAUCGAUAGAAUUGGAUAGAAUCGAAUAGAUCUAUCGCCAGCUAUUACCUAUGCAAUUAAUAUUCUCUUCUCUCUUUCCUCCAUUCAUUAGAGAUCACUAGUAUUGAUUGUAAUUCGCGCCUUUUGAAACAUAUGCGCUGCUAGUGGUAUUUUACGGGAUCACCAACCAACUCCUGACAGUGAGGCCACCUCAGGAAUGCUCUUGAUUACAUUUUUUUUUUACACAAUACGAAAAGCGAAAAGCUAUCAUGCAAUCGUUUGCUUGGUGCUUCCUUUUUAUCGAAAUUUCAUUACUAUUAGUUUUACGGGCUAAAACAGAAAAACGGUCUGCUAAUGGAAUAAAUUAUCGUGGAACGACAUCUAGCAGAAUAUAUUGAUAUCUCUAAGUGUAAAAAUUAACAUUAAAUAGUGCGAAUCGUAUAUUUCACCUCUUACAGCCGUCUUGCAUAUUUCGAUCGUGAAAGCUGUAGCACAAUGUAUUUUCCGUCCGUGCGCCGAAAUUUAUGCUCCGUUAUUAUAUUACAAAUGUGGUAAACGCGUAAUACACUAGUUAAAUAUAUGUUCAGGAGGCUCAAACGGAGUAUAAAUGGCAGACAACGUAUAUAACGAAAUAAAUUCGCCCAAAAUAAGUCGUGGGAAGUUGAUAGUUUCUAUAAAAGAUGAAAAAUACGUUUCCUCGCUUGUGACGUCAUAAUUCAACAUGGUCCGUCUAGGUCCGGAGGAGCCUUAACACGUUACACUAUGGUAACGAUAUGUGUUUGCUGGAUAAUGUGACAUCAGUUCUUACCUGCCUCUUCGGAUCGGCCGGUUUCUUUCUGAGGGGGCGAGUUCAUUCAUACUACGUGAGAAAAAUUGCCAAUUCAUGGCUCGAACGAACUAUGGAAGCAAACUACGACGAAGACCUCUCCGAGAAUACUUUCCUGCAGGAGCUACAACAGGAGCAUGCCUUGAUUUUUCAAAGAGCCAUUAACGAGGGAUGGAUCGUUUGCGUGCCCCGUCGUGGUAGUAUCCCUAAAGGUGCUCUGGUGAAGGAUGAUAUUUUGAGUCAUGUGUUGAUACCUGGUAAAGAACAACCUGUAUCAUACUUUCAUUCGCUUUCUGGGAGAGAAGUCAAACUAUCUAAUAGAGUACUGACAAUGGAGUACGAUGUUGGUACAAACUGUUCAUCCCAUUUACUCUUUGAGGAAACAUUUUAUACAGAGGAUCUACGUAAGUAUCGUGUAUGGUGUAUCGAACAUCCCUUGCAACAAAAUUUUGUCGAUUCCAAAGAAUCAAUCUCAUUGGUAACAAAUCUGAGGGAUUGUGUAGAUUUGCUAUGGACUGAAGUGAUGGACAAGAAUAUUUUGAGAGAAUUGGAUUCCGGAAUCGAUAAUUUUCAAAAGCUCUACAUACAUUUGGAGAGUGAGACUCUCGAUAGCCAAAGGGAUCUAGUGAGGGCUUUAUAUACUAAGAGCCUUCGAACAGUAUUCAAAGACAUGAGGAUUAGAGAACGAACAACAAGCAGCCAUCAUUUUCUUCAGAUCUUAAAGAUUGCAGUUGAGACAUAUAUUCUGCAUGGUUUGCAUAAAAUUCUACCACGAUCGGUAUCAUCGUGUACAGCAUCUGAAGAUGCUGCUCUCAAUAAGACAAUAAAAAAUCUGUGUGAAUUGCAACCAAGAGAUCUUGGAAUUCGUGCGGAUCUUUAUGAUGGUGUUCUUGCUGGAAAGUUAGAACUCUCUCGUUUGGACGGGCACUUUACAGUCCUGGGGAAAUUGGGUUGUCUAAAGAGAGCUGUAGGUUUUGCUUCGCGGGGCAAAUCAUCCGUUUCGUCUGAUGACCUUUUACCGGUCCUCGUGUUCCUGGUGAUCAGAGCCGGCUUACCAAAUUGGAUCAGCCAACUUGCGUUUAUGAAGCAGUUCCGCUUCUCGGCAAACUCUAACUAUGAAACCGACGAGGCUGGAUUCCUUGUGACAUCUCUGGAAGCCGCUGUAGAGCACGUGAAAUCGGGCGUUCUCAUAGGAUCAGGUGAUCUUGAAUCGGAUGCUACGAGUCUCGACCAAAGCUCAAUGCACACCUUUCUAGAAAGCAAAAAGGAGAGCGGCACAUCUUUGAGUUAUUUAUUCAAAUGUGCACGCAAUGGCGAUUCCGUUAAAGUCGAUAAAAUAUUAUCAAAAAAAAAGUGCAAUGCGGAAAACGAGAAAAAUCUUUGUCAUCCCUUGUGCCUUUGCGAGACUUGCGACUUGCCAACUGUCAAUUCGAGGGAUGAUCGCGGUUUGACUGUUCUUCACGUGGCGUCCCUUUACAAUCGUAUUAACGUUCUCGAGACGCUUCUUUUGCACGAGGCCAACGUUAAUGAAGCGGACGCGGAUGGUCUAACGUCGUUGCAUUGCGCAGCUGCACGCGGUCAUCAAAAUACGUUGCUGCUGCUGCUGCAUGCAAAUGCCGAUCCACUGAUUGUUGACAUGCGGGGAAAUACACCACUUCAUCUGGCCGCAGACAACGGACACAAAGGCUGCGUGAAAGCCUUGCUGUAUUUUGCAGAACAGGCACGACUCUUCCUGGACCCGAGUCCUGUUAACUAUAACGGUGAUACACCGCUCCAUCACGCGUCGAAAUGGGGUUACAGUGGCAUCGUGGAGAUUCUACUGGAGCAUAACGCAGAUCCUAGGGCAAGCAAUAGAAGAGGACAAACUCCACUAGCAGUGGCACACAGUGCAGUCAUAUCUCGACUUCUCGAAGCCGGGAUAUCAUCUUAUCCGCAUUCUCACACACGAUGCAAGCCCAUACCGGACAUGUCGUUCCUGCCACCAUCUCCGCGACCAAGAAGUCUUGCGUCCUCCGAAAGUAUUUCCGAGGCAAGUACUUCCACAAGAAAAAUACGUAAGGUUGACAGACUCCUAACGGCAGUCAGGGAGAAUGACGUUCGCCUGGCGUGCUACUAUCUUGGCCUAGAGUGUUCAUACAAGAAACCUUCGGAACGGGUUAAGAAUCUCUGCCAUCCUCUGUGCAAUUGUGAGCUGUGCGCAUCCAGCGACGAUAAUUACGAGGAGAAUCAGCAGUGUUCCCCAGUGGGAAUCAAUUCGUGCGACGGAGACGGUAUGACUGCGCUCCAUGUAGCAAGUGCAUCAAGUUCCAUUGAGGUCGUACAGUUGCUUCUGGAUGCCGGUGCCGAUCUAGGGAGUAGAACGCGAUCGGAAGGAAGUACGGCUUUGCAUUUGGCUUGCAUUAAUGAUAGAUUACACGUAGUUAAGCUACUAUUAAAAAGCGGCAGCUGCGAUGUAAAUGUACGAAACAGUUCUGGUGACACGCCAUUACAUUUGGCUGUGAAAAUGGAUAAUCAUAGAAUGGUCGAGACACUCGUUAGGCAUGGCGCUGACGCAAGAAUUCGAAAUGCCAGAGGGGUGACGCCUCUAGAGGAAGCAGAGCACCGUAGGUCAGUGGAUGUCGUGAAAAUACUUAAGGAAAGGUAAAGUACUGUUUGCACUUUCCUUCAGAAAGGAGUUACGACCAUUUCAAAAGUUACUUAUAAAAACUUCAUAUGUACAGAAUGCAAUUUGGAAAUCCGAUAGACUGAUUCAUUGAGUAGUUUCAAAUUUAAGAAGUACACUUUAAGCAUACGCGAUAUGCGCUACGGAAUUGUACUAAGAAAACAAUUAUUUUGUAAUCAAGCUUGAAAUAUUUUUUCCAUUUGUUGUUUUUUUAAUAUUAUUAAUAACCGAAAACUAUAAUUAAGGUACAUGAAUUAUGUAAAAUAUUAAAAUAUAUUAUACACUACUUAUUAUUUACACCAUUAA